AUGGAGGGCGCCUUUACCCAUAUGGGCAACCACCUGGUGUCCGACUCGGCCGCCACUAUUAACGCGGGUGACGUCGACGAAGGCAUUCUCGAUGGUGACCUGGCCCGCGGUAGCCUUUCGCGGAGACGACGCGUGGACGACGACGAGGAAUUCGAUGAGGAUGACCUAGAGAGUAUGGCGAGCAUGCCUGUGGGCGGAGCCAACGGGCAGGCGGCUGCGAGGCAAGAGGACGCUGAGGUGGAACUGCCUAGCCACGCCUGUGCCUACUGCGGCAUUCACAACGCAGGCAGCGUGGUCAAGUGCCUGGCCUGCAGCAAGUGGUUCUGCAGUGCGCGCGGCAACUCGUCGUCGUCGCACAUCAUCAAUCACCUUGUGCGCGCCCGCCACAAGGAAGUCCAGCUCCACCCCGCCUCCUCGCUCGGCGACACGACACUAGAAUGCUACAACUGCGGCACCAAGAACGUCUUCCUCCUGGGCUUCAUCCCCGCCAAAUCCGACACCGUCGUCGUCCUGCUCUGUCGCCAGCCAUGCGCUGCCAUGCCCUCACAGAAAGACAUGAAUUGGGACACGUCGCGCUGGCAGCCGCUCAUCGAAGAUCGCUCCUUCCUCCCUUGGCUGGUUCCCGCCCCCACCGACCAAGAGCAGCUCCGCGCCCGCCACCUCAGCCCCCAGACCAUCGCGAAGCUCGAAGAACUGUGGAAGGACAACCAGAAUGCGACGAUUGCAGAUCUCGAAAAGGGCGCCGGCCAAGAGGAGGUCAUUGCAAAGGUGCUGCUCCGUUACGAUGAUGCCUUCCAAUAUCAGAAUGUGUUUGGCCCUCUGGUCAAGAUCGAGGCCGACUAUGAUCGCAAGUUGAAGGAGUCGCAGUCGCAGGACAAUCUGGUCGUACGCUGGGACAUGGCACUCAACAACAAGCACACUGCUAGCUUCAUUCUCCCUAAGCUGGAACUGGGUGACGUCAAGCUGGCGGUCGGUGACGAGAUGCGCCUCCGCUAUACUGGAGAGCUUCGCCCCCACUGGGAAGGCGUUGGUUAUGUCAUCAAGAUUCCCAACAACCAGUCGGACGAGGUCACAAUCGAACUGCGCACCAAGGGUGACCACAAGUCCGUCCCCACCGAGUGCACACACAACUUCAGCGCCGACUACGUCUGGAAAGCCACCUCCUUUGACCGCAUGCAGCACGCCAUGAAGACAUUCGCCAUCGACGAGAUGAGUGUUUCCGGCUACAUCUUUCACCGUCUGCUUGGCCACGAGGUGGCUUCAGCACCCAUGAAGAUUUCGAUUCCCCGCAAAUUCAGUGUCCCCGGUCUUCCUGAGCUCAAUGCCAGUCAGAUCAAUGCUGUCAAGAGCGUCCUUCAGAAGCCUUUGAGCUUGAUCCAAGGUCCUCCUGGUACGGGAAAGACAGUUACUUCGGCUACCAUUAUAUACCACCUCUGCAAGAUUAGCGGAAGUCAGGUUUUGGUCUGCGCACCAUCCAACGUCGCUGUCGAUCAAUUGUGCGAACGGAUUCAUCUCACUGGACUAAAGACUGUCCGUGUGACGGCCAAGUCUCGGGAGGAUGUCGAAUCACCCGUUGGCUUCCUGUCUCUUCAUGAGCAGGUCCGCAUGAAUGACACCAAUGUCGAGCUGAACAAGUUGAACCAGCUCAAGAGCGACGUGGGCGAACUGUCGAGCCAAGAUGAGAAGAAGUUCAAGCAGCUUACUCGCGCGGCUGAGCGCGAGAUCUUGAACGCUGCAGAUGUCAUCUGCUGUACUUGCGUUGGAGCUGGUGACCCUCGUCUGUCCAAGAUGAAGUUCCGCACCGUCCUGAUCGAUGAGUCGACCCAAUCUGCCGAACCCGAGUGCAUGAUUCCUCUGGUCCUCGGAUGCAAGCAAGUUGUUCUUGUAGGUGACCACCAGCAACUUGGCCCAGUCAUCAUGAACAAGAAGGCCGCUACGGCUGGUUUGAACCAAUCCUUGUUUGAGCGUCUGGUCAUUCUCGGUUGCUCUCCCAUCCGACUUCAGGUUCAGUACCGCAUGCACCCUUGUCUCUCCGAAUUUCCUUCCAACAUGUUCUACGAGGGAUCCCUUCAGAAUGGCGUUACUAUGCAGGAGCGCAUUCGUCGUGAUGUCGACUUUCCCUGGCCAGUUGUCGACAGUCCAAUGAUGUUUUGGUCCAACCUUGGCGUUGAGGAGAUCUCUGCCUCGGGAACAUCUUAUCUCAAUCGUACAGAGGCUCAGAAUGUCGAGAAAAUUGUCACUCGCUUUUUCAAAGCUGGUGUUCAGCCGAGUGAUAUUGGAAUCAUCACGCCAUAUGAAGGCCAGCGCAGUUACGUUGUUAGUUCGAUGCAAGCCACUGGUAGCUUCAAGAAGGAGAAUUACAAGGAGGUCGAGGUUGCUUCAGUCGAUGCUUUCCAGGGUCGUGAAAAGGACUUUAUCAUUCUCUCCUGCGUUCGUUCCAACGACCACCAGGGCAUCGGUUUCUUGAGCGAUCCUCGUCGUCUCAACGUUGCUCUCACACGAGCCAAGUAUGGUCUAGUCAUCCUAGGUAACCCCAAGGUUCUAUCCAAGCAUCCGCUAUGGCACUACCUUCUCCUGCACUUCAAAGAACGCAACUGUCUUGUUGAGGGACCCUUGACCAACCUCCAAGUGUCUCUUCUCCAGUUCAGCCGUCCCAAGCAGACCUACCGGGGCCCCCAGCGCUACCAGAUGGCCUACCAGCACGCCAACGCCAUGACAUCGGGACGCCAGGCCAGCUGGAACGGUGGCAAGCCCACACGCCAAGAGUACAACGACAACGGUUCGAUUGUUGGCUAUAUCCCGGAUGAUGUGUCUUCGGUGCACUCCUCUGCCCUCGGUGGUGUCGGAGUCUCUUCCAACUACCCUCCCAUGUUCUCUAACUUCCAGGAGUCUUGGCCCCUUCCAGGCCGCCCCAACGGUAAAGGCAAGAAUGGCGCUCCUGCAAGUGUUGCUGGUGAAUCUGUCGCUGCUAGCGAGCUCACAGACACUCGCAGCGACGCACCCGGAGGCAUCAGUCUCUCUGGCCUAAGCUUGAACGACUACAACAAGCCAACCUCCAUGAGCCAAUCUGACAGACUCAGCCGCUUUGUCGAAUCCACUCGUCAAGGCCCCAACAUGAGCGCUGGAUUCGGUGCUGGCCGUGGUCUACGCAGUGGUAUAGGUGGCUUCGGUGACGACGACGACGCCCGCAGUGUCUCAACUGCGUUUGCUAGUCAGAUUGGCGGUGGAACGGCUUAUGACUGA